AUGUGGUCUUCCGACGUAAACGACAUAGCAGUCAUGAUGUUGACUCUACUGAUAUCAGUCCUACUUUGUAUACUCCAGAAGGUACACCUCGAAAGGGGCAAUUCUGGUGAUGUGUUAACGGAAUGCUUGGAUGAAAUUCCAGAGGACGGAACCGACGGAUUGGCCAGAGUGGUUUCGUUGUUAGGCUUGGAGUUAGAAAAGGUUAAAACCAAAAUGAUGUCAGUGACAAACAAAAAAUGCUCAGAAAUACUGGUGUCUGCUGCCGAAGAAAUUCAUUCACAGCUGCAGAAUGUUGAGUCUCAGAUUCAGACAGAUUUAGUGAAACUAACAAGCCUCAAGACAUCUAAAAGGAAACAUCUGGAGACAAGGCUUGAAGGUCUACACUCCGAGGAUUGCGCCUUAUGCGAGGAAUUUGAUGUGGUUCGUGAGCAAUGGGCUAAGUUUUUUACCAACAAGUAUUUAUUAUUGGCUUUAGCGCGCUUGAUCGAGUUGGUUUAGUUGUUAUAGAAUAAAUUUUAUAUUAAAAUGUAUGUUUAUGUUGAAAUUGGAACAUAUAUUUAAAUGUAAU